AGCAUGCUUUCAAGCAAAGGGCUGCGGCCCGCACAUAUCGUUCCUUCUUUACGCUCUCACCAAUGCUCAGCAGGGCGCCCUAAUUCUUCGAGACAGUUUUCUAACAUCCCUCGAAGGGCAGCCUUCUCCGCUCCAUCAUGUCGAACGAGCCGUCUCCAUUCCACAAAUUGGCGAACGGGCGCAAUUAUUUACCCCAUCGCGCUCUCUCCGUCGACUACAGUUCGCAAUGGGUCUUGGUAUGCGCCUUGGUCAUGGGGACGUUCGAGUCAAAACCCAUCAAGUUCCUCAACUCCUGCCGAUGUUGCAGCACCUCCAUCAGCACCCCCACUUCCCACCUCACCUCCCCCGGCAGAACCCGCAGUUAUAAGCCAGACGCCGGAGCUGUCGCCAACAGACAUAGAAAGCCCUGCUGAUGUGAGUAGUGGGUCGUCCUGGUACAAUCCUUGGAGCUGGGGUCGUUCAACUUCGGGCUCUUCAGAUCCGGCUCCAGCUACAAUGUCUAGUGGAGCAUCUUCUUCGGCACAGGAACCGGCCACUACCUCGCAGACACCAGAGCUUUCUCCAGGAACAGUGGACAGCACCCCAGUGCUAAAUGUUCCCAGCUCCGCCCAGGCCACCGAGAAGAAUCUCGAGGACAUCCUCGGCUACGACCCAGCAGCUAAUCCAGCAGAAGCAUCUCUAGGACCAAUAGACCCAUCUCAAGUUACGGAACAUAUCGGAUAUCUGAAGGAAUUGGGCCUGGAUUAUGGUUGGGGCAUCACAUCGACCAUGCAAUGGAUGUUCGAGCAUAUCUAUAUCUAUUCUGGAUUGUCGUGGGGUGGCGCUAUUAUUGUCGGGACGUUGGUGGUUCGAGCCCUUUCCUUGUACCCUUUGAUCAGGACCGCCGACGGCCAGGCCAGAAUGGCGUCCAUAAGCCCCGUCGUAAAGAAAUUGCAAACGGAAUCAACUGAGGCAAUGCGGAAUAACGAUACGCAGCGCUCUCUUCAGCUCAGACGACAAGUCUCGGCCGAAUACAAGCUAGCUGGCACCAGUUUGUUUAAGACAUUCGGCGGCAUGAUAUUCCAAGGCGUGCUAGGAUUCGGAGCGUUCCGACUCUUGAGAGGCAUGGCGAGUCUACCAGUCCCUGGAUUGGAGACCGCCGGGUUCGCCUGGUUUACCGAUUUGACUGUCAGCGACCCGUACUACAUCCUACCGCUUACCGUGGGCCUUUCAAUGCACCUAAUGGCUCGGUUUGGCGGCGAAGCCGGACCCUCAACUCAAGGCGCCACUCCCGGUGUGAAACUGGUAACCCACUACAUUCUCCCAUUUUUCAUGACGACAAUCACCACGUGGCAGCCAGCCGCCUUGCAAAUCUACUUCGGCCUGACGACCAUCCUCGGCAUGGUCCUCGGUCGCACGUUGCGCGUCCCCGCCGUAAGAGACUACCUAGGCAUCAAGCAGAUGCCGACGAAAGAGGCCACGGCGUUCUGGAAGCGCGUUACGGAUGGCGAGAUUCCGUGGGAGGCGGUUAAACGAAAUCCAGACGGCACCAUCACAGUUGCUAAACAGUACCUUCAAGGCCCGAAGAAAUACUCGCUAGAAUACAAAGCCCCAACAUCGACACUCAAGAAACCCGCAUCUUCGCCCGCAUCUAUAUCCACAUCCACAUCCAGAAAACCCUCCUCCGGCACCCCAUCCCCGCCUGCUUCCCCCCCAAAAAUCAACCUCCGCCGCGGCGCAACAAUGCCCGCACACCUCGCGGCACUCAAACCCACACCGCAAGUCGACCCGCAGACAGCGCUCGGCGACUAUGACAUCAACGACGGCCCGCCGGCAGGGAUUCGCGCGAAGAUGGAUUGGUAUUGGCGGAAUUAUAAGCCGGGGAUGCUGUUUCGGAGGGUGAGGUUUUGGGCGGCGGGGAUCAUGGGGAGUGAUGUAGGACAGGCGAAGAUUGCGAGCGAGAGGAAGAAGAAGGCGAGAGAGAGGGCGGAGGAGUUUGAGAGGAGGAGGAGAGAGAGGGGUUAAAUUUGAGUCGGAGGGGGAAGAGUGUGGGAGGGGUGUCUGUAUAUUAGAUUAGGUUGGGGACGGUUACUUUCAUUCGAGCUUUGUGUAAGUACUUGUAGAUGGAUGGAUUGGGGGGGAAGGGGGUGUGCAUGGUGAGAGACGG